AUGGACGCGGUUAGAUCUGAAUCGGAAAGCGUCGGCAAAGGUUCCUUUGGUAAAGCGUCAAUCGGCGGCAGCUCAACUUACAGUCCCAUUUUAUCGCCCCCCAGCAAAAAUGGAACACUGAAGAAGAACAAACCGAUAUCGCCAACACUGGGACCGCCUUCCAUUAGUCCAACCGCUUCGCUCGCCGACAGUCAGCUCGAUUACCUACUGAAGAGCUUGGCGAAGGAAACGCUGAGCGGUUUUCAGAAGGACGAUCCUAACGAGGCGGUCAGCAAUGUGAACAAAGAUGACGCUGACGCUAAACCCUUACCCGCCGAGAUUCCUAACAACAUUAGCAAACCUUCGGGCAAUUCCUCUCGUCCGAUACCGCCCAACUUAAAGUGUAACAUACUGAAAGCUAAGGCCGAAGAGGAACUUAACGCUUCCAAACUGACCAACCAGAUGUUCGUCUCCGCCGCGCAAAACGACGAAGCUAACCUAAACUCACUUAACGCCGCCACUUUUGUUGCCGUUGGCGGCGACAAGUUGACUCUAUCGGUGACCGGCCCGACUGAGAACCUCACCAAGGGCGAAACGCACGACGUUAAAAGUCAGACUCGUUGCGCCACCCCCGUUACGGUGACGUUCUUUAGCAAUUCCGACGAGGGCAAACUGGAGAAGCGCAUCCUGGGCACGCCCGAACCGAAAAAGAGUCCGCUAAGCUUGAUCAGCCUCGAGCGGGACGCCACCGAUUCCAAUUUCAACUCGUUAGACGACAAAAAGUCGCCGACCGAUUCCAACCCUUUUAUUAAUUUUAUUAUCGAGAACCACAGUAAUUUUAACCCGUUCCACUCUUCCAAUCCGUUUCUUUCCAGCAACCCCUUUAGGAAUGAGGACGCCGAGAAGAUGGCGCACAGUGAAGUCGACGGAUCUCCGAUCAGGCAGGAGAGUAUGACGAAAACUUCCAGCCCGCUGCCAUCGCUGAGUAAGCUAUCGCCUUGGCUCGUCUCCCCCGAGGUCGUCUCGUCCCCGGUCACCUCAAGCGAGACGAUCAUCCGCAAAUCCGUCAUUACAACGCAGCUCUAG